AACCAUCUCUGUAGGUAGAUAACGUCAUGUCCAUCCAGCAUUCGCCUCCUCUCGGAAGCUUCGCCGGCCGAAAAAUUGUGGCCGGCCUUUCAAAUAUUGUAUGGGGAGGGGAAUUGUGCUGGUCUAUGAGGAAAUCGAGGAUUACUUCUGCGAAGAAGCUCCGACUUAACUCGACUGGUCCUAGGGUUUUCGCGAUGUCAGCUUCGUCCAGCUCGACAUUUAAGAUGAACUUGAAUGAAUACAUGGUCACGCUGGAGAAGCCGUUGGGUAUUCGAUUUGCUUUAACUCUUGACGGUGACAUUAUAGUUCAUUCUCUUAAGAAAGGGGCUAAUGCAGAGAAGUCGAGGAUUAUUAUGGUGGGUGACACUUUGAGAAAGGCGACGGAACAAUCUACUGGAAAGCUCAUCGAGAUCAAUGGCAUCGAUGAUACCGAGUGCAUAACAAAACAGCAAUCUGGAACUUGUAGCCUUGUCUUUGAGAGACCCUUUUCGCCAUUUCCUGUCCAACAUCUGCAUCCUAUAAAUGUCAUUGACGUCCUUUUCAAUAAAGGCCGUGUCCCUGUUUCCACAUGGAACAAGAAUAUCUUAGUUCCCAGUUUGAGAACAUCCCAUGAUGGCAACGGAAAUUCUGGGUUUGUUGUGUUUUCUUCAAAGUUCUUGGAUGUCCAAGGAUGGGAGGUUCUAAAUAAGCAAAAAGGACAUGUUCAGAAAAGCAACAUUUCUCUGCCUUUUUGCCAACUUGUAACCAUUUUCUCUGAGGAAGAAUUAGGAGAUGUUGAUUGGGCUCAUGGAAACUUUCCAUUGGAGGAAUAUAUUAAGGCACUGGAUCGUUCUAAAGGAGAAUUACACUAUAAUCACAAUCUUGGAAUGCGUUAUAGUAAGAUAACAGAACAUAUAUAUGUAGGGUCAUGCAUACAGAAAGAAACUGACGUAGAGACCUUGGCCAAGAAGGGAAUUACUGCUGUGAUGAAUUUCCAGAGUGAAAUUGAAGCGGAAAAUUGGGGAGUAAAUUGGAAUUUAAUCAAUGAGACGUGUAAACAAUCUAACAUCCUUAUGAUUAACUACCCUAUAAGAGAUGGAGAUUCAUUUGAUAUGAGGAGAAAGCUCCCAUUUUGUGUUGGUCUUCUUUUACGGUUAUUGAAAAAGAAUCACCGUGUUUAUGUUACCUGUACUACUGGUUUUGAUCGCUCCCCUGCUUGUGUAAUUGCGUAUCUGCACUGGAUGACAGAUACUUCUCUUCACGUCUCACAUAAUUUCGUCACUGAUCAACACUCCUGUAAGCCAGACAGAUCAGCAAUCACCUGGGCUACAUGGGAUCUUAUUGCUUUGGUGGAACAGGGGAGACAUGACGGACCUGCAACUCAUGUAGUGACCUUUGUGUGGAAUGGUCAAGAGGGAGAGGAUGUACGGCUGGUUGGUGAUUUCACAGGGAACUGGAAAGAACCAAUUCAGGCAGUCCACAAGGGUGGCCCUAGAUUUGAAAUUGAUGUCAGACUUUCACAUGGAAAGUACUAUUAUAAGUACAUAAUAAACGAACAGUGGAGACAUUCAAUGGCUUCGCCUAUUGAAAGGGAUGAAAGUGGUAACGUGAACAAUGUAAUUGUUGCUGGUGACACUGCAAGCAUAAAGCCGGUUUCUAGACAACAAAAGAAGGAUGCAAAUGUUGUGAAGGUUAUCGAGAGGCCACUAACAGAGACGGAGAGGUUUUUACUUGCAAAAGCUGCAAGAUAUGUUGCUUUCUCCAUUUGUCCAAUUACACUAUCACCCAAGUAACUACCACUUCUAAGGAACAAAGUUAUCUUUCUAGGUCGGAUGGAUCUUUACAUAUUUUUUGUAUUUUUACAUUUUUACA